AUGAGCUCUACAGAGACAUACGAGCCGUUACUGACACGGCUCCACUCCAGUUCCCAAAUAUCCGAACGUUCUUCACGGGAGAUAGAAGAGUUUCUCCGGAGUGGAUCAACGGUGACGCCACGGUGGUGGCUAAGGCUAGCCGUUUGGGAGUCAAAGCUUCUUUGGAAGCUCUCUGGAGCCUCCAUAGUCGUCUCUGUGCUAAACUACAUGCUCAGUUUCGUCACCGUCAUGUUCACCGGCCAUCUUGGCUCCCUUCAGCUCGCCGGAGCUUCCAUCGCCACCGUUGGCAUUCAAGGCCUCGCUUAUGGUAUCAUGUUGGGAAUGGCGAGCGCGGUCCAGACAGUAUGUGGUCAAGCGUACGGGGCGAGGCAGUACUCGUCAAUGGGAAUAAUCUGCCAAAGAGCCAUGGUCUUGCACCUCGCAUCUGCGGUCCUCCUCACGUUCCUUUACUGGUACUCGGGUCCGAUCCUAAAGGUGAUGGGCCAAACUGUAGCCAUUGCGCAGGAGGGUCAGGUCUUUGCUCGAGGGAUGAUUCCGCAGAUUUACGCCUUUGCUCUCGCUUGCCCUAUGCAGAGGUUCCUCCAGGCUCAGAACAUAGUGAACCCUUUGGCUUACAUGUCUUUAGGUGUUUUCUUGCUCCACACGUUACUCACUUGGCUGGUAACCAACGUGUUGGAUUUCGGCUUGCUCGGGGCGGCUCUGACGCUGAGUUUCUCGUGGUGGCUGCUCGUGGUUGUGAACGGUCUAUAUAUCGUGAUGAGCCCGAGUUGUAAGGAGACUUGGACCGGGCUUUCAGCUAGGGCUUUUAGAGGAAUCUGGCCUUACUUUAAGCUCACGGUAGCUUCAGCAGUCAUGCUAUGUUUGGAGAUAUGGUACAACCAAGGGCUAGUGAUUAUCUCAGGUUUACUCACCAAUCCCACAAUUUCUCUAGACGCGAUUUCAAUAUGCAUGUAUUACUUGAAUUGGGAUAUGCAGUUCAUGCUUGGUCUAAGUGCAGCAACCAGUGUCCGAGUGAGCAAUGAGCUAGGAGCAGGAAAUCCAAGAGUGGCUAACUUAUCAGUAGUGGUUGUCAACAUCACAACGGUUCUCAUCAGUUUACUCUUAUGCGUCGUUGUGCUCGUGUUCCGCGUCGGCCUUAGCAAAGCAUUCACCAACGAUGCAGAGGUUAUAGCUGCAGUCUCUGAUCUAUUUCCUCUCCUCGCAGUUUCCAUUUUCUUAAACGGAAUCCAACCAAUCCUCUCUGGGGUUGCUAUUGGAAGUGGAUGGCAAGCAGUGGUGGCUUAUGUGAAUCUUGUUACUUACUAUGUCAUUGGUCUUCCUAUUGGCUGUGUUCUUGGCUUCAAAACCAGUCUUGGAGUUGCUGGGAUUUGGUGGGGGAUGAUUGCAGGAGUCAUACUUCAAACCUUAACUUUGAUUGUUCUUACACUUAGAACUAACUGGAAUUCUGAGGUGGAAAAUGCAGCUCAUAGGUUAAAAGCUUCUGCAAAUGAGAAUCAAGAGAUGGCUAACGAAGGAGUCUAA